UACAUAUACACGCUUGUUGUUGGAAAUGUUUGAAGGUUUAGUUUGGCAGUUGCUAUUAGGUUACCUUGGCCAAUACAUUCGGGACAUUCAAACGGAGCAGCUCAAGAUUACUCUGUGGAAUGAAGAAGUAUUAUUGGAAAAUGUUAAGCUGAUUCUUGAAGCUUUUGAUUACCUUCAGUUCCCAUUUGCUUUAAAGCAAGGUCAUGUUGGCAAGUUGAGUAUUAGGAUUCCAUGGAAAAAGCUUGGCUGGGAUCUUGUUAUAAUCAUCUUAGAGGAUGUAUUGAUCUGUGCCUCCCAAGGAGAUGAAAAAGAGGCAGUGACUGUAUUUGCUAUGAAGUUUUCAAGCUUGACAAUUAUGAAGCAACAUUUUCCUGGUUGGGCAAUCUAUCAAACACUUAGCAUACAAGGCUUCUCUGUCCCUUCCUUUGUCAAGGUAAGUGUUGAAGAUGUGAUGCAAAUGCUAGACGAAAUAGAGAAAGAAUCUGACAUUGAUGAGACCUUAUGUUAUGGAUUGCUACAGGACGUUUUACUUGCUUCCUCGUCUAACAGUGUGAAUACUGCUAAACCUCUCGAAGAUGGACGACCAUUCAGCAUGCCCCGUUGA